UGUUACGACUCUUAUUUGAUUUUUGUGUCUAGUCAUUUAUACAUGAAUUGCUCACAGAUCUAACUAGAAAACUGAUAAUUGCUGCCAAGAAUGGCUGGUAUCUUUUUCAGUUUGGUUGUUUUUAUCUGCUGGACUUGUUCUGCUAACGCACAGGGAAGUGAGAAGGUUAACUCAGACAAUAUAACUCGCAUUUUGGAUAGACUUUUGGAUGGUUAUGACAAUAGACUACGACCUGGUUCUGGAGGUGGUAUUACUGAGGUGAAAACAGACAUCUUUGUCACCAGCUUUGGACCUGUUUCAGAUAUGGAGAUGGAAUACACCAUGGACAUGUUCUUCCGGCAAAUGUGGGUCGAUGAGAGGCUGAAAUUCGAGGGCCCCACUGAAAUCCUGCGUCUGAAUAACCGCAUGGUGGACAAAAUCUGGAUACCAGAUACUUUCUUCAGAAACUCUAGGAAGUCGAUUUCCCAUAAUAUGACGACACCCAACCAGCUUUUUCGCAUUAUGCAGAAUGGGACUGUGCUCUACACUAUGAGACUAACAAUCAGUGCAGAAUGUCCAAUGAGGCUGCUGGAUUUCCCUAUGGAUGGCCACGCCUGCCCUCUCAGGUUUGGAAGCUAUGCAUACACCAAUAGCGAAAUUAUUUUCACUUGGAGGAAGGGGCUGACGGCUUCUGUUGACUGUCCCAAAGAGUCGAUAAGUCUUCUGGAGUACGAUCUUGUGGAACAAACUUUGUCCAGUGAGAUACUGAAAUCCAACACAGGUCACUACUCUGUGCAGGUUGUCCAUUUCCACCUCCAGAGGAAACUUGGUUACUACCUAAUACAAACCUAUAUCCCUCUUAUAAUGGUUGUGGUAUUGUCACAAGUCUCAUUUUGGAUCAACAAAGAAUCCGUUCCUGCACGGACAGUUGCUGGAAUCACCACAGUGCUGACCAUGACCACGUUGAGCAUCAGCGCCCGGCAGUCUUUGCCCAAAGUCGCCUAUGCCACAGCCAUGGACUGGUUCAUUGCUGUGUGCUUUGCCUUUGUGGCAUCCGCCCUCAUUGAAUUUGCUGCAGUAAACUACUUUGCCACCUUAGAGGCUAACCGCCUGAAGAAACAGAGAGCCAGACAAGAAAAACUAGAGAUGCUGGCCACCGUUACUGAAGAUGAUGAUAUAAUUUCGAUGAACAGCAACGCUCGGGAAGGCCUGAAGAGAAGAAACCACUCGGUGUGCUGCAGCGAGCCAGGAGAUACACCGUCCAUGGCAAUUUUCCUCCAGCAGGGUUCAGCUUUUCCUGAGAUCCCUCAGCUGGCUGGAACCAGCAUCAUCGACAUCUAUGCCCGUGUCCUCUUCCCCCUGUUGUUUGCCCUCUUCAACCUAAUCUAUUGGUACAUCUACCUGGCCAAGGACACCAUGGAGAGGGCCAGGGACAUGGAUCUUGAAAAUUAAGAAGACCCAGAGACGGGUGCAUGUACCCUGAGAGACCUUCAACACGCAUCCAUCCGUCCAUCCAGUCAGCCAACCUCACCUUUCACUUUGCUCUCAUCUGACGGAGGAAAUGAAUCAGAAACUCAUUUAUUCUCCAGCUGCACAUCUAUCUGUUUCACAGACUGUGACCACUGCUCACUUGUAGUCUCAUCAGUAGCCGACGGGCAACCCUUCACGGGGGCCCUCGGCCACUUUUAAAACCCCGCCACGCACAGCAACAACUUCUCCGGUCGAGUCUGAUUGCACACAAGCAGGAUGCAUGAUGCUCAGACACACAAUUAAAGACAAGCAAAAAAAAAAAAAACACAUCAAAAAGACAAGGAUGAUAUAAUCUAUGGCGGCUGUAACUGGUGGUGAUGCAACAGUGAACCAACGCUUUCAGAAGCCUGCCCUCUACAGAAUCCCAGCUCCCACUACAACAAGAUCAAAGACAGUUUAGAGGAGGCUCACGUCCUCCUUGCAGCUUCAAAAAUAUGCUCAAACCUGGAAAAAAAAAAGAAAAAAAGGAGGGACUGUGUCUUCCCUACCACCUUUCUGUUCUGGUGCUCUGGUGCUCCCUUUGCAGUUCCUGCAGGUUCUUUGGAAACAUUGCAGGAAGAGUUGGAUAAGAUACUCGGGGCUUUUCAUGGGAUUCGAUUUCUCUUUUUGUGAGAUUAUGCAUAAUUAUUGAGACAAGAUGUUUGUAUAUGAUGUAUAUACCUGCAGGAUGGAGUGCUAACCUCUUUUUAGUAUCUCAUGUAUUGAAAAACAAACCAACAAAAAAUAGUAGGAACAAACCAUGCUCUUAACUUAAAUGAUCAUUUCAAUACUACAGUGUUUGACCUUGUCAAAAUAUGUGGAGAAAAACCAAUCCGCCAUUUAAUA